AUGAACAGGUCGUUUGUACGUCAGCUUUCCCAUUCGAGCAUACUAUGCAGACCAGGGUACUCCACAGUAAACCCAGUACAUCAUUUGGUCAAGGUUGAGAAAUCGAAAUUGAAACCUGGUUUGCAAAACUUGUUGUUGCCAGCAGAUGAUAUCAGAUCGGUAAAAUUUAAACCUACGGAAAUAUGCCAGGAUAGAGUUGCUGACUACUACAACAAUACAUUGCAAUCAGACUUGCUUUUACACUUCUACGAUCACGAUGCAGAGGUCAUUGAAGGGAACAAGAGAAGAUCGUGGGGAACCGACUCUCCAUACAAGGUCUACCGUUCAUCAAGAAAUCCUCGUGGUGGUACUAGAUCUACUAAAAACAAAUAUCCCAUAACCAGCAAGAAUGUUCCUGAGAUCAAAAGCGUGGUUGUGCAUUCAUAUAACAAACAUGCAUUAGAGCAUCCGUGGUUAAACAUCUCCACCAGACUUCAGUUGUCAGUCAUUACCAAUGUCAAGGCAAAAAGAAUCUUUAAUAAAUCAAACAUUUUACCAUGGAAAGUAAGAGUGGGUAGGCCCUGUGGUGGUAAAGUCGAACUUUUCGAUAGAGAUAUGAAUCAAUUUAUUAGUACAUUGACUGAAUUGGUGUUACCAAGAAUUAGAGCUUUCAAAGGUAUAAGAUUCAGUUCAGGUGACAAGAAUGGAAACGUCAGUUUCGGUCUCACUGCCGAAGAUGUUCAGUUGUUUCCCGAGUUGGAAAAUUUCCAAGAAUUAUUUCCCAAUUUAAAUGGUAUUGAUAUCACGUUUAAAACAACUGCACAAGAUGAUUCACAAGCAAAGACGCUAUUGAGCGCCUAUGGGUUUCCUUUCUCUAAGGAGUAA